CAGCGGGCGUAAUUGCGUGCUGCGUGUGUGCGUACUGGAGGUCGUUGGAGUCACAGGCCGCUCUUCUUCCCGGCACCGGACCCGCGCUCUCCGUCCACCCCACCAUGCUGUCCUCCUUUGCCCGUCCCGCUGGCGCCGCCCUCCGCCGCAGCCUGAGUACAUCUGCGCAGAAUAAUGCAAAAGUAGCUGUACUAGGUGCUUCUGGAGGAAUUGGACAGCCUCUCUCACUGCUCCUGAAGAAUAGCCCUUUGGUGAGCCGUCUCACACUCUAUGACAUUGCUCAUACCCCUGGAGUAGGAGCUGAUUUGAGCCACAUUGAGACCAGAGCAAAGGUGAAAGGUUACAUGGGACCCGAGCAACUGCCAGAUUGCUUGAAAGGCUGUGAUGUUGUUGUGAUUCCUGCAGGAGUCCCUAGAAAGCCAGGAAUGACUCGUGAUGACCUUUUCAACACUAAUGCUACAAUCGUUGCCACUUUGGCUACUGCUUGUGCCAAGCAUUGCCCGGAAGCCGCAAUCUGUAUUAUUGCAAACCCGGUCAACUCUACCAUCCCAAUCACAUCUGAAGUAUUUAAGAAACAAGGUGUGUACAACCCCAACAAAAUCUUUGGUGUAACAACACUGGAUAUCGUCAGAGCAAAUACCUUUGUGGCGGAACUGAAGGGCCUAGAUCCAGCUCGGGUCAAUGUCCCUGUCAUUGGUGGCCAUGCAGGGAAGACUAUUAUCCCUCUGAUCUCUCAGUGCACACCCAAAGUAGAAUUUCCUGAGGAUCAGCUGACAACCCUGACAGGAAGGAUCCAGGAGGCUGGAACAGAGGUUGUCAAAGCUAAAGCUGGGGCAGGUUCUGCUACCCUAUCAAUGGCCUAUGCUGGAGCCAGGUUCGUCUUCUCUGUUGUGGAUGCAAUGAAUGGAAAGGAGGGAGUCGUGGAAUGCUCCUUUGUCAGAUCAGAAGAGACAGAGUGCUCCUAUUUUUCCACACCCUUGUUGCUUGGGAAAAAGGGCAUCGAGAAGAACUUGGGCAUUGGCAAGGUCUCCCCUUUUGAAGAGAAGAUGAUUGCUGAAGCCAUUCCUGAGCUGAAAGCUUCCAUCAAGAAAGGAGAAGAUUUUGUCAAGAAUAUGAAGUAAAAAGAUCAUGUGAAACAGGGAUCCAGGUCCUUAAUUUAUUCAGGCAUCAUGUUACUUGAAAGAGAUUUCCUAUGCAGUACCGCCUCCUGCAGGAGCUUGGUGUUGGUAUUAGUAAAUGUUGUGAGUUGGUAUGGUGGCACAUCAAUAAAGGAGUCAUCUUUUUUUUUCCCUCC